AUGCACAAGAUCCUGAAGAAGAAUCCAAAAAAGGGACGGGAUGACGCCCCAGCGGGACCGGCGAAGCCCUCGUCGACGUCCAAGGCAUCCGCCGCCCUGGCGCCGCGCUCCGCGGGCAGCUCCGCCGCGGGCGCGCGCUCCGAGCGGCCCAAGCGCCCGGACCUGACCGAAGCCUCCAUGGCGCGCGCCUACGCGGAGCCGCUGCCCUCCUUCCGCGACGUCCCCGCCGGCGAGCGGCAAGCCCUCUUUGUGCGCAAGCUCCACCUCUGCAGCUUCACCUUCGACUUCAACGAGGCCUCGAAGCACGUCCGCGAGAAGGAGAUGAAGCGCCAGGCCCUCCUCGAGCUCGUCGACUACGUCAACCCCUCGGGCGGCCAGGGCAAGUUCACCGAGGCCGUCACCGAGGACGUGGUGUUCAUGAUCUCGAGCAACCUGUUCCGCGCGCUCCCGGCGUCGCGCAACCAGAGCAUAGAGGUCGACUCGUACGACCCGGACGAGGAGGAGCCGGCGCUCGAGCCCGCGUGGCCGCACCUGCAGAUCGUAUACGAGUUCCUGCUGCGCUACGUGGUGAGCAACGACACGGACGCCAAGGUCGCGAAGCGCUACAUCGACCACUCGUUCGUCCUCAGCCUGCUCGAGCUGUUCGACUCGGAGGACCCGCGCGAGCGGGACUACCUGAAGACGAUCCUGCACCGCAUCUACGGCAAGUUCAUGGUCCACCGCCCCUUCAUCCGCCGGGCCAUCUACCACGUGUUCUACCGGUUCAUCUUCGAGACCGAGCGCCACAACGGCGUCGCGGAGCUCCUCGAGAUCCUCGGGUCCAUCAUCAACGGCUUCGCCCUGCCCCUCAAGGAGGAGCACAAGCAGUUUUUGCACAAGGCGCUCAUGCCGCUGCACAAGCCCAAGUGCGUGGCGAUGUACCACCAGCAGCUGGCGUACUGCGUGACGCAGUUCGUGGAGAAGGACGCGAAGCUCGCGUCGCCCGUCCUCCGCGCCCUGAUGCGCUUCUGGCCCGUCACCAACUCCCAGAAGGAAGUGCUCUUCCUGGGCGAGCUCGAGGAGAUCCUGGAGCUCACGCAGACGCCCGAGUUCGUCGAGGUCAUGCGCCCGCUGUUCCGGCAGGUCGCGCGCUGCCUCAACUCGUCGCACUUCCAGGUCGCCGAGCGCGCCCUCUUCCUGUGGAACAACGAGUACAUCGUGCACCUGGUGGCCUCAAACCGGCACGCCGUGCUGCCCGUGGUCUUCGCGGCGCUGGAGCGCAACGGCGAGCACUGGAACGCCGCGGUGCACUCGCUGACGAUCAACGUGCGCAAGAUGUUCCAGGAGAUGGACCAGCCGCUGUACGACGAGUGCGAGCGGCGGUACCAGGAGGAGAAGGCGCAGCAGGCGCGGAAGGAGCAGCAGCGGCUCGCGCGGUGGAAGGCCGUGGAGGAAGCGGCCGCGGGGUCGCGCAAGUGA